AUGUUAUUUUGCACCGCCUUGAUCCUGCCUGUGUGCGACGCCCGAGGACAGGGUGGCAUGUCAGAUCGGACAGGCACCGUUGCUAAGAUAUCUGGGGCGAAUCAACAAAUGCUGGACAAGCUGAAGGUAGAACGAGAACGUGGGAUAACAGUCAAAGCACAAACUGUCAGCAUGCUGCAUCGACAAAAUGACAAAACAUUUCUUCUGAAUCUCAUUGAUACCCCCGGUCAUGUUGAUUUUUCGUGGGAGGUUGCUCGAUCUCUGGCUGCAUGUCAGGGCGCCCUUCUUCUGAUCGAUGCCAGUCAAGGAGUACAAGCCCAAACGAUAUCAGUUGGUAUGCUUGCCUUGGAGAAAAACAUCACAAUUAUUCCUGUGCUAAAUAAGAUCGACCUACCCGCGGCUGACCCAGAUCGUGUGGCCGCUCAAAUAGAGUCAACAUUCGGUAUAGGCGCCGAUGAAAUUCUGACCGCAUCUGCAAAGACCGGAGUGGGCGUAGACAAAAUUCUGCGAGCUAUUGUAGAUCGAAUACCGCCGCCGACUGGUGAUGUCGAUGCCGAGCUAAAGGCACUACUAUUUGACUCCUCUUAUGACCGAUAUCGAGGCGUGAUUUCACUUCUCAGCAUACAGUCUGGGCGAAUACGAAAGGGAGAAAAGAUCUUUCUUCAUCAUACCCAAAAGAAAUACGAUGUCGUGGACAUUGGCGUUCUGCACCCUGAGGAAACACCCACCGGAAUGCUGCAAGCAGGACAAGUUGGUUAUCUUGCCUGCAACAUGAAGAACUCAAAUGAAGCUCAAAUCGGAGACACUGUCUUCAGGGUUGGAGAAAGCAAGCAUGAUCCCUUACCUGGAUUUCAACCAACCAAGGCGAUGGUGUUCGCGGGUGUUUAUCCUAUUGAUAGCAACGACUUCCCCAAAUUAGAAGAAUCGAUUAAGCGUCUUACACUCACGGAUAGGAGUGUGACGAUACAACGCGAGUCCUCGACCGCCCUUGGUCAGGGCUGCCGUUUAGGAUUUCUUGGGACUCUCCACAUGGACGUCUUCCGUCAAAGGCUUGAGGACGAGUAUGACCAACAAAUUCUCAUCACUUAUCCAACUGUCCCAUUUAAAAUCAUAGACAACAAGGGCAAGGAAGUCAUAAUCAGCAACCCCAGCGACUUUCCAGACCCAGCAGACUUCAGCGGCAAGAUUCAGGAAGUUCAGGAACCAAUGGUCAAGGCAACCAUCAUUCUUCCGCAUGAGUAUCUAGGAGGUAUGAUGGAGCUUUGCUCAAACCAUCGAGCGGAAAACAUAGAACACUCCUAUCUGGACACAUCAGGUGAUCAGCCGCGCGUGCUGAUGACAACCCGCAUGCCCUUGGCGGAAAUUGUCACCGACUUCUUUGAUCUGCUCAAGAAGACGACAUCUGGCUUCGCCAGCUUCGAUUAUGAAGACAUUGGAUAUCAGCGCAGUGACAUGGUUAGAAUCAACUUUCUGCUCAACGGCAGGCCCAUUGAUUCCCUUUCAAUUGUUGUACAUCGAUCCAACGCCUUGCAUGUGGGCCGGGUUUGGACAAAGAAACUCCGCGAGGUCGUUCCUAAGCAGCAGUUUGAAGUUGCGAUUCAGGCGGCGAUCGGCAAGCAAGUACUAGCGCGGGAGACAUUAUCUGCUUUCCGGAAGGAUGUGACUGCUGGGUUGUAUGGGGGACACUAUGAGCGGAAGUUGAAGGUCUUGGAGAAGCAGAAAGCGGGAAAGAAAUUGAUGAAGCGGAUAGGGAACAUCGAGCUUCCUCAGGAAGCGUUUUACGAUAUGCUGCGGACUAAUAAACCGUCGAACAAGGCGUGA